CGUCAUAAGACAAUCUUCUUCUUUAGCUCCGAGAAUUGCACUUCGUCUCUUAGGCCGUAACAAUACACACACUCUUGCUCACAUCGUCACACCCACUCAAGUUCACAGUACUUUGUUUCACUUAGUUAUAUCUUUUUGUAACUCUUGGGAAUAAGUCCCUUCUAUGAUUCGAAAUUAUUCCCGAGAUAAGAAAAGCAAACGAUUAGAUCUGCAAGUUCCGUCUUUCAUAUGGCAACACGGUAGCACUUAAUAUAAGGAGAACUAUCGUCGCACAUCGAAGGUCACCUAGUAGCAGACUCAGUUAGCUCCUAUCACUAUAUGAAGUCGCGUAUCAUCCAGGUAGAUAAGUAUCACGAUGGAUGCAUCACCAAGAGCUUCAACUAGCUCCAGCCUGACGUCUGAGCGAACUCCUCUCCUACGACACGAUACAACAAGCCGUCCCAGAAGCGCGCGCAACGUAACCUUCAAUCCUAAUCCCGUAACGAGAACAAUCGAUCCCGAUCCUUCAUCUUUAAGCUCCUCGCCCAGUAAUACAGGCAACUCUGGUCAUGCACGUCUACCUAGCUCUAUGGCCUCGAGUAGCAGCGGAGCUGUUCCGCCACCGAUGCUCUCCGCGCUAAACAACCGCCUGCGCCGACGUAACAGCCACGGCGCCGUCUUCACCGCUCUCCCUCCCGCAGUUAACCCUUUAACAAAAAUUGGUCCCCAGCGAAGUUCCAAGAAUGCACAGAAGCUGAAAUUAUUACCGAAUCCCGAACUUGACGAGGAGGGUCCAGAUGAGGAGAGCGGCAGAGACGUCUACUCGCAGUAUACACGUAUUAAAGAUCCUACUGCGAGGAGAGAUGCCGCACGAUUAGGAAAAGCAGACCGCGACAAGCUGCCGCGCGUAACGGCCUACUGUACGGCUACAAAGUACAACAUGGAGGGUUUGAUGCGAUUCCUCAAGGGCAGGGGUAAAAAUAGGGGGGCGAAUCCCAAGCUGAUUGACGAAUGCAUAUACACGCCGUAUAAUUACAACCACGGGAAAUCUGUAGAGCGACCCGAGGAGGCGGAAGAAGUACGGCAAACCCCGAUCCAGACUUACGAAAGGAGACAUUCUACCGGCGAAGUGGAAGAACACUCGGACGCGUAUAAGAGAGAAAGCCUACGGAACCUGCAAUCACAAGAACAUGGCGCAUCAGAUACCGAGCAGGUAUUCAGUAACGGCCGGGAUGUACAUAACAACCUCUCCUACCCGACACAUUCUGACGAUGAGAGCGCCAUACACGAUCCCGAUUCGCAUUCCGAACAUCAACAGCACGGUGCCGACUUCGACAUCCAGGUACAUACACCGGAGGUAUUCUUAUUCGAAUACGGUGUUGUGGUAAUAUGGGGCAUGUCGCCAGCACACGAGCAACGGUUCCUAAAAGACAUCUCAAAGUUCGAACUUGAUAAACUAAAUCCGGAAGACGUGGAGACGGAGUGCUUCAACUUCUACUACACUAACGAGUACCAGCCGCGGAUAUACAACGACUUUAUCACGCUGAGGGAUAAGGGGAACUACAUGACGAAGCUAGCCAUAUCGCACGCGUUGGCGCAAAGUGUCAAGACGUCCCUCUUCGAGGAGCUUAUCGCGUCGACAGUCGACACAUGCAAGGACAUACCGACGCAGAUCGCUCUGACGGGUAAGAUCGCGCUGUCGCGGUCGCAAAUCAACAUGCAGAUCGGCGAGUUGUUCAUCCUGCGCAUCAGCAUCCACCUCAACGGCAGCGUGCUCGACACCCCCGAGCUCUUCUGGGUCGAACCCCAUCUCGAGCCCGUCUACCAGGCCGUCCGCAGUUACCUCGAGAUGGAUCAACGUGUCCGUCUGCUCACCGAGCGUCUCGACGUCAUUGCUGACUUGCUUGCCGUACUCAAGGAUCAGCUGAGCCAUGGCCAUGGCGAGAUGCUCGAGUGGAUCGGUACGUAGUGCCCUAAUAUAUCCAUUCCAUCCCCCUUAUUCCCUCCCCAAUAUGGUUUACUACCGAUCCCGAACGGGACGAAU